UUUCAUUUCCAAGUGAAGCGAAGUACCGCCUCUGUGAGUGACAGCUCAUCAAUACAGCAUUCACCUGAACCACCUAACAGCCCAUCAACCCCACAGAACUCAGAAUCAAACGAAGAACCAUCAAUACAGACACCACUUCAACAAUCUGAUAUGACACAGUACACAAUUCACCAGUCGUUUGAUCAAAACUUCCAAAAUCGUCAACCAAUACCUCUGUCUUCAUCUACUCGUCAUCCGAUUAUUCCAUCUGUUCCGAUAAGCCAAUUGCCACGCCAACCCACUGUCCAUAGUCCAGAGUCUGAUAAAUCAAUGGGUUAUCCAAACAAAGACAAUGUGAUUCAUUCACCAACUAGACAUGAUGUAUUAUGGAAGGGAACUCAAUCAGAAACAUUAAAUCCGUUCCGCAAUCAAUCAUUUAAGAAUCGUCUAGGAAAAAAUUCUUCUGGGAUAUCCCGAGAGAGCCGAAUCGGUAUAGUAUCACGAAAGGCAUAUCAACCAGAGAAACAAACAUAUGACCACUCUUUAACAUACCGUAUCCCAGAACAACCCAAUAACACUCCAUCACCGCAUGCUUCACCUUUCCAACAGAGACCAGCAGUAACACCUGUAACACCAAAACAACCCAGUAACACACCAACACCACAUACCUCGCUUUACAAACGAAGACCAGAUACAGAUUUGUCAGAAGGGUAUUCUGGACAUAAAAUAAUUCGCGCUACAUCGAUUGAUCCUCUACAUGGAAGGAGUGUCACAGAACCGGGUGAAUUUGGAAAUCAUUGUAAGACGGUGGCCGUCUCCUCGGCACAAGAUUUGAAUGGUAAUAAAUCACUAAUAGAAACUGCUGAAAUGGAACAUCAAUCUGUGGAUCAGCCAAAUAGAUGGGGGACAGAAGAUCCACAUACAACAAAACAGAUCACAGAUGAAUCGCAAAUAACAACUUCAACAUCAACAUUAAAUUCUACGAUAAACAAACUUGAUGUCGAAGGAAAGGAUUUCCCUCUUCAUCAUGCUGCUAUUUAUUGCAAAGAUAAAGACAAGUUUAAGACAAUACUGGACGAAAAUCGAGAUGAUGUACGUAAAGUUGAUAAGAAUGGUAAAACACCACUUGAACUAGCUUACUACUCAGAAUUUAUACCAAUUGAUAAAAUAAAAAUGAUUGUAUCUAAGGGGUUUAAAGACGCUAAAGCCCUUUUUGAAAUAUACAAAUCAGCUCCCAGUAACCUACUUGAGAUAAUUUUUGAUAAAAAUAUACAUGAUCGAAUGAAUGAAGCGGACAGUGAAGCGAUAAAUACGUUGCGUGGCCUGCUUAUAGCCGGGGGGGAUAUUACUUGCAAAACCAAACAUAAGAAAACCUUAUUACACAUAGCGUGUUUAUACAGCAGUUUAAAUAGUGUAAAAUAUUUAUUAGACAAAGGCUGUAAUAUUUCUGUAGACGAGACAGAGGAGCCCCUUUUAUUCAUUUGUUGUAGAUCAUCUCUUCAGCCGGUCCCUAAAAUGCGACAUCUGAAAUUGAGAGGGACUGAUUUGCUUACCAGGCAUGGACAUAAUAAAACCUUGUUACACGAAGCAUGUGAACAUGGCACUUCACAUUGUGUGAAAUACUUGCUUGAUGAAAAAGUAAAUGCUUACGGGAUGCCUGGUGGCUGGGAACACUCACUAUUAUACUCCUCUUUCGUGACGGAAAUAGAAUCACUUGCUAAAAUUAAGUUGUUGAUAGAUUCUGAUUUUAAUGAACGGUAUCCAUUUAGUUAUUUAUUGAAUAAAGCGUGCAUGUAUAGUGAUAUUGGUGUGCUUGAAUAUCUUUUUGAUUUCGCUAGGGAUCGGAAUUUACAGCUUUGUUUUCAAGGUGAGGCAGGAAAAACGCCAAUAUAUUCUUGCUGUGUUUCCAACAAACAGCCUGUUCCUAAAAUGAAAUUAUUAGUAUCUAAAGGUUCGCGCUUAGAUUUCACAUAUGACGAUGGUAAAACGCCCUUACACGUAGCUUGUAAACACGGCGAGUACGAAUGUAUAGAAUAUCUAUUAGAGAAUGGACUUGAUGUCAAUUGUAAAGAUAAAUUAGGUCAUAAACCAUUGUUUUAUUGUCAAUCCCGAGAUGAACCGAAUAAAAUGAUGGGACUGUUGACGCGACAUGGCGCUGAUUUUGAUCUCGACGAAGAAGUGACUGUCACUGAAGCUGACGCUAAAAUCGAUCAUGACGAUCUCACGUGAAACAAACGUCAAGUAGUAGACUUUCGCCUUUAUGUAAUGCUUUUCAGCAUACGACGGUCGUCGGGACUGGUCUCAUAUUUUUUACGAUUGCUUCUUUGUAUUCAGUAUAAUAUUAGUUGUUCUCAGUUUUAUAUAAAUAAGGAUGUAUGCCCUAACUUAAUUAAUACACUUGAUUCUUUCGCACGCUCAUAAUGAUUUGAUUCUUAUUAUUUGACUAUUAUAUAAAGCUAUUUAUUGAGGUUUUUCCUUCAAUGUGCCCAUGUUUAGAUUUCUUGUAGCAUAUAGCAGAUCAUGAUUCAUAAACAGGAGUCUUGUGGAAUUUUCACAGUAAUUUUGUCAGUAGAUUCUGGGCUAUAUUUUCUUACAUGUAGCUUACUAGAAAUUUUAAAUGGGCUUUCGAUUUGACCAUUUUUAAAUUUUUUCUGCGGCAAGGGGAGAGAAUCAUAGUAUAUAUUUUAUAACACGUAUUUAUAUUUAUGUAUUAAAACUAAAACUAUAUUACUAUAAUAAAGUAUAUCGGUCUUUU